GUAAUAUUGAACGUGUGCUGCUUACUGGUGUUUGUCUCACUUCGGACUCAUCCACUAGUGCCGGCUCUCAUCGUGCUCUCCGUGUGUGACCUACUUCAACUCACACUUACAGUAUUCGUGCUAUUCAUUCCAGCACUUCACGACUUCACUAACGCCGAACGCUUCGGUGCCUUAGGACAAAUAGCCUACUUAUCGACAGGUCUGCUGUCACCUCUAUUAUUAGCUUUCAAUUGUGCGAGUAUUUGGACGAUCUGUUACAUCUCAGUAAAACGCCAUAAGGCCAUCCUUCGACCGUUAUCGUCAAUUCACGCACCAUCUCGGCCGUUCUCUCCACUGUUGCGAAGUCGCCGCCGCUGCGCUCAUCUUCAACGGCUCAAAAUGGGC